GUUAAAAAAAAUCUUUUUUUUUCUGCAAAAUACCUGUGACAAAUCUGUCCCCAUCGUUGAGACACGACUCGAGGCACCAAAACGCCACACUUCUUCUCGAAACAUCCAUCCAGCACCGUCGCCGGCGACCUCACCCGCCGCCGCCGCCGCCGAAGAUGCCGGUGAGGGUGGUCGACACCGCCACCCCUUCCUCGCAGACCUCCUCAGGACAAGAUGCAAAUGCUGUGCAGCCAUCUCCUCCUAGCUGUUCACUCUUAACUGCUGGAAGAUGUUUUGCAGGAACUCAGAAUGUUUCAAGUUUACAAAAAGAUGAGGCAUGGAAAGUCAAUGUUCGUAUCCAUGGUUGUGAUAUUGAACAGGGUUAUUUAUGUGGAACGAUGGAGGCACUUAAUGUUCCCUUAGCCGACACACCUGUGGUUACAUUCUGGGAGGGGGAGAUAGUAGAUGCUAAAAAUUAUACCUUUUUUACUGGCAAGUGGGAGGCAUCAGCAGAGGAUGAUGUAAGACACUGGUCCAAGUUCCCAUCAUUUACCCCUCUUCUGAGUCAGAUUGAGGCAGAUGGUGGCAAGUCUGUGGACCUUAGCAACUAUCCUUAUAUAUUUAUGAGAUGGAAAGAGCAGUACUUUGUUAAUGUGGGAGUAGACUGCGGGUUGACCAUAGCUGGUUUCUAUUACGUCUGCUUUUCUUGUAGCGAUGGAUCCAUUAGUGGCUUUUAUUACGACCCAAACAGCAGUCCAUUUCAGAAGCUUGAAUUGAAGUGCACCAACGAGAAACAAUCUGGGUUCACCUUUUCUUCAUAUGAGCUGCAGUGACAUGCAUGACGCUAUUAAUUGAAGUGGCAGAGAUUACACGGGCGAACUUUCUGUGCUUGCCAAUAUGAACAUAUACUGUGUGUGUAUUGAACCCGUAGUUCCUGAUGUUCCUUUGAAAUAGUUGAGAUGUUAUGUAUGUACGGUUGUGCCAGUGAAUGUUGCAAGACCAAACAAUUAUGUAACUUAUCCUUUUGCAAUCUCAGUAUUCUGGGAAAAAGUAUCAAUUUGUUUAUUUUAUCGAAA